AUGAUAAUGACAAGAAAUUCCGAAUUUUGGCUGACAAUUCCCUCGUCGGCAACGCGUAGAAAGGAAGGCAAGGUGCCUCAGGUAAAGCCCGUGGACCAGUGUCCUUCAAGGUGCAGGAGAGUCCAUACCUUAUCGCAGGCUGCUCUGAACAUGGGCGUGCUGAUGAAGUCUCUGUUCCUGCUACUUGCCUUACACAAUGCUGUGUUCGUGCGCAGCCAGACGGAUGUUCAGACAUUUCUCGACGCUUUUUGUAGAGUGAAUCGAGAUAAUAAUGGCUGUACUAGCAAGCCCCUCGUGACAGAGGGAGGAGCUGGAGGCCCAAUCCCCGGGGUGGGCCAAGGCAACAAUGUGGCGUGCCUGCCGGGGGCGAAAAGGUGCACGCAACUGCCGAAUCUGUGUGUGCCUUCAGACAUCCCCUGCAGUGCCAUAGGAUCCGGCAGGUCUUGCGAGCUUCCGAAAGCGAUCAACACGAAGCAACGCGUCCUCGUGUGCGGCGACGGAAGCAAACCGGGCACCGUGUAUGUUAAGCUUGGUUGCUUUCACAUGCAACGGAUUUCGGUGCUUCUGUGGACCGCCGGUGGUCGUGGGUGCGGCUCCUGCUCCGCAACGACCAACCCGCAUGUAGCCUCACCCUCGUCGCCAACCACGCAGCAAUCACCGCCGCACACUGCGUGA